AGAAUUAAAAAACUUCAUUGUAAUACAGUGGAUUUUUGCGGAGAUAAAGGAAUGUGUGUGGUUCACGAAGACCUUCCUAGCACUCCCCUCUGUAAAUGCCUGAUUGGAUACGUGUUAAACGACAAGCAAAUGUGUGUCGGUGAGUCACCAUGUGGGGCUGUAAUACUAACUUAUUGACUGAGUGGGGGAGGGGAGGGUCGUACGAGAAAAAAUCUGGCUAAAGGUAAGAAUCGAGAGUCAAAACUUUUCUUGUUCAGCCCAACCUAACUCAGCCAUUAGGCAUUUUAUCGCGCGCGACCGUUGCUCCUCCCUCAUCCUUCUUUUUGCUCGCUGUUCGCGGGGCCUUGUGGCUUUUUUCAGCCCUGCGGCCAACAUGCGGAAUUUUGUCUAAGGGUUUUCUCCGAAUUUUAAGGCGAAUUACAAACAAUCUAAAGCUUUCUUUUUGCGGCGCGCUGAAUGAAACGUUUAAAAAGGACUAACUAUCGUUGCCGUUAUUUUUCAUUAUUCUUAUCACUUGUCUGUUUGAUAUUGUAAAGAAAAAUUCUAUCUUGGUCACUUGGAGUACUUACAGGGUUGAGGAAGAUAAUUUAAAGAUCUGAACGGGUAAAAUCUUACAGUGCAGAGAUUCGUUAAGGAUUAUGGCCUUAAUUCUUAUGUUUCAGCGUCAAACAUACCAUGUACAGACGACAAAGAUUGCUCUUCUAAGGCCAAGUGCGAUCAUGGACUAUGCGUUUGUCAAGGAAACCGAGUGGGAAACGGCCGCGAAUGCAGAGGUAACCAGUCAAGUAGACAAAGAAGAGCAAUGUACUGAUGCUCAUCGUCGAGUCUCUGAUGCUCAGUGCUGCAUUGCGUCAGGGCGGGUAAUCCGAGGGUCUGAGGUUUAAUUCUGCAUGGGGAAUAUUUCCCUAGUCUCACUUUUAUGACAUAACGAUAAAACAUCUCUCUCAUUUAUCAAGAUAACGUUCUCCAUUUCGAGUCUCAUGAGGAAAGAAAUGUGAAUUUUGCAUUUUGUAGACGCCAAGCCAUGCACAGGGAAGCAUAAUUGUCUCGGAAGUAGUAAGUGUCUCGUUGAUCCAGUGAUGCCAAAAGAGAAACUCUGCAAAUGCCCACCGAAUCAAGUUCACCAGGUUGCCUCUAACAAAGAAUGUGUCGGUAAGUUCACUUUUUGAUUGAUAUAAUUAAUUUAUACUUGGGCUUUUAGAGAUAUAUGGGGAAGGGUACAGUGCUCUGAGGCCAGAGAAUUUAAUUGUCGAAAGUUGGGAACCAAUCUGAGGAAGUUUUGAUUAAUGUGUAUCAAUAUUUAAUACCUGAGAAAGGGACAUUUCCUUAAAUCCAGCUAGAAGGCCGGUUUUCCUUUUUUUUUAACUUCAACAAUGCAAUCUUGCCUAAACUUUCAGUUCGUAUUUAUAUUUUUAACAAAGGGCCUGUUCACAUGGAGGUGGGGGACCCCAGGUAA